AUGGCCAAGAAGGCGCGCCAGAGAAUAAGCUAUGUCCUUGAGCUUGAUCACUCCUCGUCUGGCGGCCACCGGCUCGGUGUGAAUGGUCUUGCCGUAGAUCGCGAUAACUCUAUCCUCUACUCUGGAGGUAGAGAUGGUGUCGUAUGCGCCUGGGACCUUGACCUAGACCUUCAGGGCCAUCGCAACGACUCCUCCAACCCUAGCUCGAAACCACCUAAGUCGACCACCAAGUUCCGCGCCUCGGCCCAAGCCCACACCCACUGGGUCAACGAUAUCGUCCUCGCCUCCAAUAAUUCCGCUCUCGUCUCCGCUUCCUCCGACUUGACUGUCAAAGUAUGGCGACCGUCGCUGGGAGACACCGACGCUCACACCAUCGGCCAGCAUGCCGACUACGUCAAGUGUCUUGCCACUCCGACCGCUGGGGACUGGGUAGCGUCAGGCGGCCUGGACCGAAAGAUAUGCCUGUGGGAUCUGAACGGCGGAGGGAAGUCCUUGGAGAUCGACGUGAGCGGCGAAGAGGUAAAGGAGAAGGGAUCCGUAUAUGCUUUGAGUGCAGGCCGAAGCAUCCUGGCGAGCGGUGGCCCAGAGUCGAUAGUACGGCUGUGGGAUCCCAAGUCGGGCAAGCGUAUCACCAAGUUUGUGGGACAUACCGACAACGUCCGUGCCAUUCUCAUGAACGGAGCCGGCGACACCGUCAUGACAGCCAGUUCAGACCAGACCGUCAAAGUGUGGAGCGUCACCGCCGGUAGGUGUAUGUACACGCUCACCAUGCACAACGACAGCGUCUGGUCGCUGUCCUCCGCGGACCCGGACCUCUCAGUCUUCUACAGUAGCGACCGAUCUGGUCUGAUAGUCAAGACCGACACACGGGGAACCCUUGAGAUGGACGAGGGCUUGUCUGUCGCUGUCGCGCAAGAACACGAUGGCGUCAACAAGGUUGUUGCCUGCGGAGAUUACAUCUGGUCCGCAACCUCUAGUUCUUCAGUGAACAGAUGGACAAACGUCGAGACUGGCCCAGACGCUCCGCUCCCGGAGGCGUUUAGACGCAUGCGGAGCGGAAGCACAACCUCAAGAUCCAGGCAGGCAUCCGUAACAUCCAUCAAUGGCUCCACCAAGAAGGAAAUUCCCGCCAAAUCUAUUUUGAAGAUGUCCAACACCGCAUCAUUUCCGCCCGACCUUGGUCCGUAUAGCCCUUCCGAGUCUAACCUGACCCCUGGCACCAUGAGCAGGAAAAACUCGGAUAUCCUAGGCGACUCAAUGAUACCCGUAGUCGAGCCGAUUCACCACCUCCCCGAGGAGACCAUCGAAGGGCAGAAUGGGCUGGUCAAACAUAAACUCCUCAACGAUCGCAGGAGGGUCUUGACCCUGGAUACUGCUGGUGAUGUUCUGCUGUGGGAUCUUAUAAGGUGUGAAGUAAUUCAAAGGUUCGGGAAGAAGCACCUCGAGGACGUUGAGCCCGAAGUCAACACCCUCGAAGCUGUCGCGCCCUGGUGCUCCAUUGAUACUAGCUCUGGAAACUUGACGGUGGUUUUGGAGCCUUUCAACUGUUUCGACGCCGAGAUGUAUGCCGACGAGCUGUCCUUAGACGAGCCAGUGGAUUUUCGGGAAGACCAGAGAAUCAACCUCGGGAGAUGGAUACUUCGAUAUCUGUUUGCUAAGCUGAUUGACGAGGAGAUUAGACGAGACGAGGUGUACAGACAGAAGCUCAACGGAAGUGUAGAGCAACGGCAGGCCGCGACUCGUCUCAAUCCACCAAUGUCGAUAACGAUACCCACCAGCAAUAGCCAUGCCUGGAACCAGAGCGACUCUCCUGUGGCGACGCCGAGGGCAAAUGGAAGCAACUAUCCGAUGACGCCAACAUUGGGGAUAGGGUUUGCGACGCCAGGCGGCUAUCUGCCAGGAGUGUCUGAGAAGGUGGCCACCCCCAUUAGUCCGAACGGCAAGCGAUUGUCGAAUAUGAGCCGGCCGUCUGGCGAGGACUAUUUCUCCAGUGGCAUCAGCUCAGCAGAUGCACCAUCUAAAAUGGCGACGACUCCGGCAGCGACAGACCAACAAACUGCCAAGGAUGAGACCCCGAAGACUCCAGCAGAUAUGAAGGAGAAGGAUAACUCGAAAUCUCCAACCACGGCUUUCGGCAAGAAGUUCCGGAUGGGCAUGUCUUUUGGUAGUAAGAAGGUGAAUAGAUCAGCGUCGACCAAUACCGAAAAGCCUACAGUGGUCGAGGAGAAGGCAGAAGAGACCAAGUCGGAGUCGUCUUCCAACCAUGAGAAGGAGGUGGAUGACAACUUCCGCGGCGUCAUUCAGAAGAUACACCACGACUACGAAAGGCAACUGCUUGAGAACCCAGGGAAAAUGGUCGAAACCAAGGUAACACCGGGUCUGCCUAUCGACACGCCAGUACUAAAGCUCCCAUCUGGCACACGAGUCAUCAUACAGGAAGAGACGUCUGGCGGCAGUGCCAAUCUGUACCGUGGCACGGUACUGACUGUCGGCGUCGAUGCCGACGUUAUCGAAGAGAAAGCACCGAUGUGGUUAGGUGAAGUUCUCUUGACCAAUGCGAUCCCACAGAAGGACCCGAUCAAGGUCUCAUUCGUAUUGCACCCAUGGCAAGACUCGCUGCCUGGCAUUGCAUCAGCUGACGGCAACAAUCGGCUCAACGCAAAUAGAAUGUUACGGGUGAAGAAGAUCCUGGCCUAUGUGGCCGAGAGGAUCGACCCAGCUCCCGAGGAGCCGGAACCGGAUGCGCUGAAGCCAGAGGAGUAUUUGGAGCUAUAUUGCAAUGACCAAUUACUGCCGAACACGAUGAGUCUGGCAACACUACGUGCGCAUAUUUGGAAAGGCGGCAAUGAUGUCGUCUUGUACUACAAGGCAAACGGUCGGAAGGAGAUACCCAGAGAACCCCUAGAGCCCCAAGUGGAGGAGCCAGUGGCCACCGAGGUUGACACAGCACCUCUGUUGCCCGCCACAGCUACCGUCGCAGGCUGA